AUGGCAUGUGAGAGGCAUUCAAAACAUGCAUACUUCAUCGUGCGACGGAUUCUGGAGGUUUUCGAGAAACAAUCGCUCGAAAAAGACGGUAACGGGUCAUUGCCGGUGCAUUUGGCACUCAAGGCCGGAAAUGUUUCUCAAGCUGAACUGCUGCUCAGCCACCACACGCACCAACAGAGCAUCUCACAAGAUGGAGCUGGCGACACAUUGCUCCAUUUGGCCUGUCGAGGCGGGAGCAUGGAGGCAAUUCGGGCAGUAAUAGCGGCUGGAUGCGACGAUGCGAACAUGCAGAAUGCAGUGGGGCGCACAGCACUGCACGAGGUUGCCUACUUGGGGGACGCUAAUCUGCUAAAAAUCAUGUUCAAACUGCACGCCAAUGCCAACGUUCUCGACAAGGUGUGUUCAUUUCGUUGA